AUGCGAUGCCAUAACCGUCAGGAAUUCGAUCGUGCUAAGAUGCGCCAUUUCCUCGCCCAGCUCAUGUGGGUUGCUAACCAGACCUUCGUGAAUCUCAACGAAAAUAAGAGACAGGAUAGGGAUGAAUGUCUUGAGAAAGUAACGUACCUAGAUCUGGAAACUCUCCGACUUCCAGAGGGCCACAAGGACAGAAGAUGCCUGAUCUGCCAGGAAAACUUCAUACCUUAUCUGCUCGGCUUAGUAACAAACGAAGGUCAUGAGAAUGGACAAGGAAUCAGCAAUCAGGAACGACCUCUCAAAGUUACUUGCGGACAUGUUUUUGGUGAGAGAUGCCUCAAAAGAUGGAUCAACGAACGCGAGGACUGGACAACGGCGACGUGUCCUGUGUGUCGAAGAAAAUUCCCGACAUACAUGGAAAUAAAGUAUUGGCGCAGAUAUCCAAAUGAGAAGCCUCUUUGGCUCCAGGCAUUGUUCCGUGAGGGUGAGCAGGUCGAAUAUCUGGAGAACCGACGAAAAUACCACAUAUUCAUACAAGACGCCACCCUUACCCUUCCCCUUUCGAAGGGAUGGAAUAGAAACGCAACCGAAUUUGGGAGACUUCUCAUUCGGGAUUCAAAGGAGUAA